UCUAUUAUGGGUAGAUCUAAGGCCCGCAGAAAUAGACAGAAACGAGCCAAGAAAGAUUUGGCGGUUAAAACGGUGCCCAUUUCGACAACAGAGACGGAAACGCCAAGGGCUCUCAUUGCGCGGGCUGUGGAGAAAGCCAACGAAUUCGACUCUAAGCAGGCCCUCAAAUUUUACAGGUCUGCCUUGUCGAAACUCGAGAAAUUGCAUCCCACUGACGAAAUCGAAGCAGCAGAGAAUCUUAAUUUGGCUUUAGAGGCACUUCAGGCGUCAGCGCUUAUUCUAUUGGAGCAGGGGCGUGUCGAUGAGGCCAAAGAGUCCGCUCCAGAUGUCAGUGAUGAUACGAAGUCUGUGCUGACGAAGGGUCACCUACAACGAGCCCUGUCGAAUGCCUACUGUGCAAUUGCUGAGUUAUACAUGACAGAUUUGUGUGACGAACCAGAGGCCGAGUCAAACUGUCGGCAGGCCGUUCAGAACGCCACUGAAGCCGAUGGUAAGAAUCCCCAGGCGUGGCUGUCCACAGCGAAUUUCCUCACCGUCAAAGCCGAAAACGAGGCAAGUAGCCUUCCCCCCAGUAACACGUCUACUAUUUUAAUUUCAGUAGUAAUGAUUUCAUCUAAACUCAGAAUUCCAGGUGCCAAGGACGCACUGGAAAAAUGCCUAGCCCUUUAUUGGCCCAAAGUGGAGCGUGCUAUUGCCGAUCUCCAGAGCCGGGAGGAUAGAGAGCUACUUGGAGAAGAAAGUAAUGGCGAAGUGGCCCUCGAUACAUCAGAGGAAAAUGUGGAGGAGGCAAACACACUAGAUUUGGAAGAGAUAUCUGGCAUUCCCUUUGAGGCGCAUGUGCAGAUGGCUCGAAUGAUGAUGGAGUUGGACAUGAAUGAGUGGGCAGCUGAGGUGCUGGAGGCCUUGCUUGAAGAAGACGAUGAAUAUCCUGAAAUAUUUUACCUCCUGACGGUUGUCGGCCAGAUUCUGUGGAAGGAUUCAGAUCCUGAGCGUCUUAGGCAUUACGCGAAAAUUGCAAAACAGAUGUGCACUAAAAUUGGCGACUUGGAUCUAGCUGAGGAAAUGGCUUCUGUUCUUGAGACGCUUCCUCCCGAUGAUACCUUGGAUGAAGACGAUCUCGCCGAUGACGAUGACAACUACGACGUGAUAUCCUCGAGCGGUGAUGAAGACGAAGACAUGGACGUCUCAUGA